UCAAAGUUUUCAUUGAAUUUACAUAACAACGCAGGUUGCCAUGCAUUGCCCCUCAAAGUUGUUUGGUGGCAUACAACAAAGUCGGGUCGAUCUCAUACAUACAAUAGAAUAAAGUGAACCCCUGGGGAUUGACCACUGAACACUGACACACACAAAAUUCUUUAAUAGAAUAAAAUAAUAAAUAAAAGUAUAUUAUUUCAAAGCAAAAUUGUGCAGAUAUUAUAAUAUUGAAAGUCGAGUAAAUAAUGCAUAGGCAUCGCUAUAACAAUGUCCAGGUGAAGAGUCUGUCGAAUGGCCUGAUGCAGGGGAUUGAGCAACAGCAGCAGCAGCAACCGGAGAAUGGCCAUAAUAAUGUGGAGCGUUUGCCCAUGUGGCCCAGUGAACGCAUUGCGCCUGGAGGAGCUGGUGCCUUUCAUAGCGCCAAAGUGGAGUACAGCAAGGAGACAGCUGAUUUAAUUCGAUUGCUUGUCAAGGAAUCCAAGAUGUCCAUGUUGAUGCGUAAGCAAAUUGAUGAGACUUUACGUAAAGGUGAACCACUGCCAUUGCCCAAGCCGCAACGUCCGAAUACCAAUAACGAUCCCGAUAGAGAGACAUUGGCCAUUUUGGAGCGAGCUCGGAAUGCCAAGCGUAAGAAUCUUCGCCAGAUUGUGGCCAGCGGUGCCUAUAACUCAAGCUAUUAUCGUCCGCCCACCGAUAAUCGUAUGGUUAAUGAGAAAUCCAAAGCGAAGCUACAAUUCACAAUGGCUGGCACACAUCUACCGGAUCCGGCCAUUAAACCCCAACGUCGCCCUCGUGAGGAACAGCAUGUGUCCGAGGAAGAUAUCAUCAAUGAAUUGCUUGAUCAGAUCAAUGAGCGUGCCGAGUGGCUGACCGAGAUGGAGGAACUUGGCCAGGGUAAGAAAUAUCGUCCUGAGAUUCGUGAUCAAAUUGCCGAACGUUUGCAUCGCAUACGGGCCUUGGAGUCCAAAUUGAAAAUGAAGUCGGAGGGCGGUUUUCGUUUUGUCGAUUAAUUGAUUGAACGCUUGUGUUAAUGUGUUAGCAUAUGUUAAACAAAAAAAAAGAUAAUAAUAUUAUUAAAU